AUGGCGACCCAGCCAAAAGAAGAGGAUGUUUCACAAACUGCAGAUAGCCAGCAAGAAGCAACACAUAUGACUGUCGGGUGGGGAGGGAAAAUAGAAGAGCAGUAUAGGAAGAUCAAGGAACAUGCAGAAACAUACCCCUAUGUAUGGGGUUCCUAUAUCCUUGUAUACGGAGGGUUUGGUCUCUGGUUGACGUACAGGUGGAGAAAGCUCCGAAAAACUGAGGACAGAGUUCGAGGUCUUCAAGAGCGACUCCGCAAGCUUGUUGAAGCUGAACAGUUGACGAAUUCUGUUUCAGCAAAAGAGCAAUCUACGAACUCUUCUGUAACAAAGAACGGACCUCCGUCUGCCGAUAAGUAG